CCCAUCCUGCGGGGGGGGGCCCCCUCCGAGAGAGGAAAAAAGCAUAAUAAUUAUGGGAGCGUAACUCUAAUUAGCCCAAUCGUUGUGGGGCGAGAGAGACACAGCUACAAUAUUUACAAAUAGCCCUGGCGGGGCCAGAGCGCGGCUCCCCGCGGGAGGGUCAAAGGUCAGUGCUGGUGGACGUCACCACCAUCCCCACCCCAACCAGCGACUGGCACUUCACUCUUGCCGGACUGGCUGGCUCCGCCACGGAUCAGCGCACCGCUGCUAGGCUUGAAAAAGAAAAGAAGAUGAGUCCCGCCGAGCGUACCCCACACAUCAAAGGUGUACCUGGUGCUUUGCAGAUCAAUACAAGACAACAAAAUUCCUGUCCUCCUUCAGACCUACAUCUUCCAUGGAACCUCCUAGCCAUCUAGCUGGAGAUAAAUUGAGGGGCAGUCAGACGCUGACAGACCAGAUGGAGUAAGAGAGUGUUUCCAGGAAACCCAGAGGAAGCUUCGAGCAGGCAGCUGGGGGUGUUCUAAAGAAUCAGAAAUGGCUCCAGUUAAAAUCAACCAUGUGGUGUCCUUCACCUCUCAGGACCCCAGGUAUCCAGUGGAGAACCUGCUGCAUGAUGAUGGCAUUCACCCGUGGCUGAGUUGCCCCCAGGAUCGGAGCAGGCAGCUGAAAGUGGAGCUGCAGCUGGAACGGGCUAGUCCUAUCGGCUACAUAGACAUAGGGAACUGCGGCUGUGCUUUUCUCCAGGUGGACGUGGGGCGCUCCUCCUGGCCGCUGGACCAGCCCUAUGUUACCUUGGUGCCCAGCACUACACUGAUGACGCCGGCUGACUCAAAGCUGGACAGGAACCGCUCCGGGGUCCGGAUGUUUAAAGAGGGGGAUUUCCUGGCGGCGGCGCUGGGCGAGAAGUGGGAUCGCGUGAGAAUCACCUGCAGCCAGCCCUUCAACAAGCAGGCCCAGUUUGGCCUCUCCUUCAUCCAAAUCCGCACCCCGUUGGACCCCAAUCACAGCCAGGCGGCUCCAGCUCCGCCCCCUCUCCAGAUGGGUCAUGAGCCCACAGCCAGCCCCUGGCUUGCCAGCCCUGCCUUCCGCAGGACUUUUUUCCCGGAGGUGCAGCCGAGCAAGGGGGAGGAGGAGGAACUGAAGAACCGACUGCAGCUGCUGGAGCCCAGCUGUGGGCCUCACCCACGCAGCCCGGCCUGUCUCAGCCGGACAGCCAGGAUGGUGCUGUCGGCGGCCCAGUCGCGCAGCCGCACUCUCCAUCUGGGCCCCAGCUCCACCUCUUUGGCCACUGAGAGACGGGGGAGCAGCCGGGGGCAGCAGGGUGAAGAUCCAGCCAUGAGCCCUACAGCAGCAGGCCCCAUGCAGGAUGUCCAUGAUGCUCCACCCCUGAGGAGGGUCCGGGUGAAGCCAAGCAGGAGACGAAGAUUGCAGGGUGCCGCAGGUCAAUGCCCAGGCCUGGCACCCAGGGAGGAAAAGCCAGGGGCUGGGGAGGAAGGUCCAACAAGCCGGAUGAUCGUGGAGAGGCAGGUGGAGAGAUGGGUGUAUGCCCCAUCUGUACGGGCUGCUUCAGCACAGAUCUCCUUCCCGUUCACGCCUCCGCCUGUGGGGAAGAUGGCUCCCUUCCAGACACAGCCUGGCCAUCCCCACCACGGGAAGAUCCCCAGCACGAGGAGCCCCCUGAGGCUUGGGUGCCGUGCCCCAUCUGCGAGUUCCGGUUCAGCACGACGGAGGUGGAGAGGCAUGCCAGCACCUGUGGGGAGCAGGCAGGAGCCCUGGAUACCCCCCACUCCUGGCUGUGGGUGGAAUAAGGCUGGCAGGGCCAGGUCAGGUCGUAGAGGCACAACACUGGCACACGCUGCCCUAUCCCCCCCAUCAGCCCCAUUUGAGGUAUCUCUGUGUCUGAGCCUCGGGGUCACUCUGCUCAGCUGGGUUGGAGCCUCCUUUGGACUGAAGGGCCAUAGCCGUCAUGGUGACCUUGGGACACAGGUCACAUGUCAUGGGCGUCCUGGAAUGCUUUCAGCCCUGGGGCAACCUACGCCGCCACGCAGGGAGCGCGGCUUGCACUUGACCACCUCCCAGGCUUUCCGAGGCUCUGAGCUGCAUGGCAAGGAGCGACCGGCACAGAGGAGUGGUCUGCUGGCCAUGGAGAGCGUCAUGCAAAAAGGAGCUUGCCAUUUUCAGGCAGCCCGAAGCCCCAGCUCUAGCCAGGGCUCCAGCAGCUUGCGGACUCCUUUCCAAGGAGCUGGUGUGCUGUUUUCUGUGAGCCUGCCAGGUCCUCAGCCCUGGCUCCAGCUGGGGGUUACACAGAGGCUUGCCCACCACUGUGCCCUGCUAAGUCUCUGCCCCUCGCAGCAACCCAGCUGGAGGGAGAUAGUCAACAAGAAGCUGAAGUUUCCCAGUGAGCUCCUCGACGCCCUCCAGGAUGGGGACCUGUUGCAGGUGCAACAGCUGCUGCAGGGGAGUGACGGGAUCCUGCAGCAGCAGGCUGAUGGCGAGGACCGUGCGUGGCGGGAAGCCCGCAACCUGGCCAUCCGCACGGGUGGUGGGGAGAUCACCAGGGCCCUGCUGCGCUAUGUUAAGUUCAACUUCCGCCAGAUCCAUGAGGCCCUGCUGGUCGCCGUGGACACCAACCAGCCCCAGGUGGUGAAGAUGCUGCUGGAGCGGUUGGACCAGGAGAAGAACAUCAAGAUGGACAUCAAAUCCUUCUCCCUGGCCUUCUUCGACCACUCCAUCGACAAUGCCCGCUUCGCCCCCGGCGUGACGCCGCUUCUGCUCACCCUGGCCUGCGAGAAGGACCUCUAUGAGAUUGUGGACAUGCUGGUGCGGAAAGGCCACUCCAUCCCCCAGCCGCACAAGGUCUCCUGCACCUGCCUGGAGUGCAGCAACGGCCGCAAGUAUGACCUGCUCAAGUUUUCCCUCUUCCGCAUCAACACCUACAAGGGCAUCGCCAGCCGGGCCUACCUCUCCAUUGCCAGCGAGGAUGCCAUGCUGACCGCCUUCAAUCUCAGCCGGGAGCUGCAGCGCCUCUCCUGCAAGGAGCAGGAGUUCAAGCCAGAGUACCUCACCCUGGAGCUGCUGAGCCAGGAGUUUGCCUUCGAGCUGCUGGGGAUGUGCCGUAACCAGAGUGAAGUGACAGCUGUGCUGAACAACCUGGGGGACAGUGAGGAGGAGGAGAAGCUGGACAGCCAGGCCUUCGAGGAGGGCAUCCCCAACCUCGCCCGGCUCUGGCUGGCCGUCAACUACAACCAGAAGAGGUUUGUUGCCCAUCCCGUCUGCCAACAAGUGCUGUCGUCCAUCUGGUGCGGGAACCUGUCAGGCUGGCGUGGGAGCAACACGCUCUGGAAGUUCUUUGUCUCCUGUUCCAUCUUCCUGACCAUGCCCCUUCUGUGCUUGCUGUACUGGAUUGUACCGAAGUCGCGGGUAAGCAGCCUUCCAGGCCACGAUGGGACCCAACAAGGGGGUAGAGUCUCCCAAGUGGGCAGCAUUAUUUCCCAUAAAUGUAAACAAACUUGCUUAUCUGAGCGAUUGGCUGAACAAGAAGCAAAGUCAAGCAACAAGUCGGGGGGCAAAAGGACUUGGGGUGGGGUGGGGAGGUUCAUGUUCAUCCUCAUGAUCAUUCUCACCGCGUUCCUGUGCGGACUCAACAACACCUACGUUUACUACCAGGAGUCCCAGCGGCUGGGGAAUUUCAACGAGACGUUCCAGUUCCUGUUCUGGACCAUGUUUGGGAUGGAGGAGUACAGUGUGGUGGACAUGCCCCAGUAUGCCCUGGCGGAGUUUGUGGGGCGGGCGCUCUACGGGAUCUUCACUAUCGUCAUGGUCAUCAUCCUUCUCAACAUGCUCAUCGCCAUGAUCACCAACUCCUUCCAGAAGAUCGAGGGUGAUGCGGACGUGGAGUGGAAGUUCGCCCGCUCCAAGCUCCACCUGUCCUACUUCAGGGAGGGCCUGAUGCUGCCUGUGCCAUUUAACAUCAUUCCCACGCCAAAGUCCCUCUUCUACUCAGUCAGGGGCAUCUUCCAGUUCAUUUGCUGCUCCAAACCCAAGAGACAACCAGAUUACCCCCCGAUUCCUACCAUCGCUAACGCCGCCCUGGAGGACGUCGGCCUGGGCGUGGAGAGCUGCCGUUCCUAUCAGCUGCAGGUCAUCAAGGCUCUGGUGCAGCGCUACGUCGACACGACCAGGCGGGAGUAUGAGGAGAGCAGGCGGAAAGACCUGGGGAAUCGUAUCACUGAGCUGAACAAGUCGGUGUCGUGCCUGCAGGCGGAGGUGAAGUGCCUACAUCACAGCCUGCCUGCCCACCCUGCCCCCGCCAGCCCUCUGGACAGGGCCAGCGUGCUGCACAGAUACAUCCUGCGGGUCCAGGACAACUUCCAAAACUUCAGCCAGGCCUCUGGCAGCUCCAACCUGGGCUCCCCGGCCCAAGUGAUGGUGCACCAGGACGGGGCUGCCAGGAACGACCCCCAGCCCUACCCCGAGGAGCUCUCCCUUGGCCCCCAACAUAAGAUGUCUCCCGGGGAUGGUGCUGGGGAGGGGGACUGAGCUGGAGAGCCAGAGGACCCAAGUUCCUGUCCAGCAGAGGAAGCCGACUCCGGCCCCAGCUUCUAGCGGCUCAGGGCAGCGUUUCCACGGUGGCCUGGAGCCAAGCAAUAAUAGCCACGCCCAUCACAUCUCGUGCAGCCAAAGGAUCCCAAAGCAUGUUGUAUGCUGCUCUUGCUGGCUUGUGUCCCAGCCCAAGCAAGCAGGGAGCUUGCUGCCUCUCCCACAUGGGGUGGGGGUUGAAGCAUGGCUGAUGGUCCAGUCAGGUUCCUUGUCCACCAGGCAGCUGCUUUGAUAGAGAGCAGUGCCUGAGUAGCCGAGCUCCCCGCCCAGUCAUUAGGCAGAUGGGCUGUAGCACCAGCUAGGUUUCUUUUACUUUGAGUCAAUGUUUAUGUCAAGUCCUUGGGUGUUACAAACUGGGUCCCUGCAACUUGAAUAUAAAGCCCCGGAGAAAAUACCUCCACCCACUGUGCCCACCACUGACAUGCUCCGCCCUCUGGGGUGCAAUGAGGCAGCUGACCGACAGUGAUUGUUUGUUUGAUCGAGGGCUGCCUGGGUCACAGUGGAAAGAGAGAGAGAGCAGGGGCCAGGAGAUCUAUUUGAAGCGUGUCUGAGCAGGGGGCUAGCCCAGUGGCACAGGACUAGCACAAGGCGCUGUCAUGCUGGGGAUCCUGCCUCAGGGCCAGGCAGGGAGUGUUGAAGGGUGCUCGGAGGGGGGGUUGACUUUCCUCUGGGGCCCAGCUCCAUGUGAUGCUGGAGCGGGACAGACAGGCUGCGGAGUGAGCUGGGUGCAGCUAUUGUAUAGACUGUCCCAAGGAGCUGUCUGGGAGGGAAAUCAAGGGCACUCCUAGAGACACCGAAGCCAGUCCCUGCCUUCCUGGCCUGCCAGCUGAGAUCUUGCUCAUAGUCUGUUAUAGGUGCAAUUCUGUGAUCAGGAGGUAGCCAGUUAAUGAACCCUGGCUGCUGCAGCCUUGAAGUGUGGUUCUGCUCUGACACGUGACUGGCCGUGUGUAUGUGUUUUUGGGGAGGGGGGGGAAUCCAUGCUUGUUGUGGCUCAAUGACUCCAGCUCAAACCGUUCAAUUUGCGAUAAGAAGAAUAUGUUGCUUUGGGUUUUUUCUUUCCUCCUCUAAUCGCCAGCUCCACAAAUUCCCACGGGAAUCUGAGUGUCAAGCUGGGUUCUCUUCUGCUUCUGCGUGCUCCUGGGAACAUUUCCAUGGAGGUCAGUGGGCUUAGGAUCAAAGUCUUCAGCACAUUUCUCACGCCAGUUUAGUUAGUGCCCAGCUGUGUCUGCUAUAGAAGAUUGACUAGCUAGAUUCCUGAAGCCUGGGAGCUGUCGGGAAGUUUAAAAGAUGUAAUAUUCAGACAGGCUCUGUCCUGGCUUCCGAUCUGUAACUUGUUAUUUGUAGCCCCAGAAAGUGUAGUAGGUUCUGCCUGGGUCUUUAAAACAAUGCACAAUGGAAGGGUCUAAUAAAUAUCUUAUCUCACUGUGGAAACAGGAGUGAAUCAAGCCUAGCUUUGUGUCUUUAGCGCCUUGUAUUCACAUUGUAGAAUACAAUACUAUUGCUUCGUCCCAAUAAA